GCAGCCAAUGAGCGGCCACCUCGGGCGUGACGUAGGCGACCACGUUCUUAUAAUACAAGCGCGGGCCAGGCAAACGGUUAGAUCACGCUUGGAGGCGAGAGUGUGCGAGGCAAUACCGCAACGAGCAGCGGAUGUAUGGAAACAGGAGUACGACGUUUUGAGUAGUCCAUCCUCUGGCAUCCGAGUGCGAAGUGCAGUACAAGUGUCCGUUUGUUCGAUGGUGUACCAGUGCUGUUCGUAGCCGACGCUGUUUUAAAAAACAAAAAACCCAAAACCGUCAGCAGUAACAUGGUCGGUACUACGAUGUCGGCUUUCCGUCUCGUCCGCAGCAAACUGAGGAAGAGGGACGACAACCACAACGCCGUGACGGACGUAGUGGUAGCGGCCAGCCCGCAGCAGACGGCCGUAUCCACCAUCUGCUCCGUGCCACCGCCGCCGCCUUCCAGCGAGCAGCAGCUGCAACCCCAGGCCAACGGCACGGCGCCGCCACCCCCGCCCCUUUUCUUGUGGCAGUACCCAGUGUACAGCAAUGACCAGGACUCGCUGAUGCACACCCUCCCCGCGGACCGGCCAGGGAUCUGCCGCGGCUUCAGGAAGAACCUGAGGGGGCGGUGGCGACGCCUCGUCAAGAGGAAGCCCGCGCCUGAGGCGUGCACGAUACCCGCCGAGCUGAGGGACCAACUCAAGCAGAUAUACGUGUACUGAGUUCCUGUGUGUCGGUGCUUCUCUUCGUACUGCCUCGACAAGAAAAACAAUUUUUUUUUGUCUCUUGGAUGCAGGACGUUUUUAACCGGUGGUACCUGGUAGAGGCACGUGAACAUUUUCCAAAUGCGGUAUUAUCAGCUACAAUCUCAAAGGUGCCUUUUCAAAGAAAAGAAAUAUUUUAGGCUGUGUUUUGACGUGGAAGUUCGGUGGACUUCUGACAAUGUGUACCCGUAUGUGUUAAGAUAAGCUGCAGUAGUCUCAAGUACAACUAUAGUUAUUUUACUGUGUUUUUUUUAAAAAAUUCGUUGGCCAUCUAUUUGUGAGCACGCCACGAGAAUAUCUGCUAAUGUUGCACAAAUUUGAUAUUAUCGAUGCACAAUUUAACAUGAGAUUACAGAAGUGAGAGAGGCCUUGAACUUGACAAUUAGGAGUCUAGGAUUUGUCUCCUGGCAGUAUUUCCUUUCGUACACAGAGCUUCGCAGACUCAAGUUGCUAAGUAUGUUGUUUCAAAGAUUUGUACAUGCACAUCAAUAUAGACCAGCACGGUCUGUGUGUAGAUAUUGUUCUUUAUGUUUUGGAAGUUGUAGCUGUAUCUAAUUUUUUUUUGCUGCGUUUCAAUCAGAAUUUUUUUCAAGUUUAAGCAGAAACUUUUCCUUGUAUUAUAUGGAAACAGCCUAUUGAUAAACAUUGAUACAGCUAUAACUGUGAUGUCAAUACCAUAGAAAAUACUAUUUUAAUGUAAAGGUUGCACUUGUUUAGGAGCUCUAGUACAACAUUGCCAAGUUACAUAUAGUCUGUUUCAGUCUUCAGUGACUUGCUGUUAUUGACAUAGUUUGGUGUAAAGAUAAGUAUUAAAAACCACUAUUAUUUUGUAAUCACCAUAUGACACAUGUAAAAAGAGUGAUGAAUGUUUUUUCUCAUAGUGGUACAACACACAAUAGUGGAAAGUGAGUGUUAAAAUAUCAGUAAAAAAAAUGAACAAGCUCAUAUUGAGCUCAUUUUGCAUCCACUUUUCCUUUCAAUAAAUUAUUUUAGUAUUAUUAUUUGUAAUCUGUUAGAGAAAUGUUGGCGGUAUUGGGGUGUCUCGUGUGACAUUGAGCAACUGGGACAAAAAUUAUUGUGAAACAAGUUUGUAGUAACGAAAUAUAUGAAAAAAAUAUACAAAGAUUGUAUGAAGUAUUUUUUAAAGUAACUAAGGUUUUUAAAACUAACUUAUUAAAUUUAAACUCAUUUGUAUAAAGAUAAAAAUAAUCUAGUAUAUGAUGAAACUGUGAUACUGCAUGUAGUAUAUUAAUCACACUAGAGGUUUUGGCAUACUGUCAUGCUGAAAACUUAACCAGCUGUGCUAAUGUUGGCAGAAUGAAUUAUUUUAAAUAUUAUAAUUUUUAAACACUGAAGUGCUAUUUGCUCCCAGUUGCUCAGCACUAGGUUAAGUGAAGAGGAAAUGUUUGCACUAUUCCAGCACACGUGAAAGUGCAGUGUCUGGAGGCAUUGUUUUUGAUGUGCUAGUCAUGCUAUGCCAAAUGUGCUGUAGUCAAAACUGUAUUGGGAGCUGGUGUCUCCACAGAAUUGUUGAUCUGAAUUGUUUGUUGAACAGUAAGAACCUGAAAUUUGUCGAUCAUUCCAUCAACUAGUUGAAUAUUUAAUUUGUUGUUAUUUAAGAAUUGUGAAAUAAAAAAACUCAAUGUGUUGUUGGAUUUUA